UUUUGACCAUUUAAGAAUUGGUAAUACAAUUGAUGGAAUUGAUCAUUAGGAGAAACUUUCAUGAUGAUGGUUGCUCUUGUUUUUCUCCAACUGAAGAACUUAUAAAAUGUUUCAAAAUCUCAUGCACUGUCAUGGAAAAAUUCAUCAAAUUAAUCAUCUGCUUCUGACGUUCCGUGAAUAGCCUGAACAUUAAGGAAUAUACAGAAAGGCAUUUUGGAGAAUCGGCCUGAUUCUAUCUCUUUUCGUUCCGUUUAAAGAAAGGAAGGAUCCCGAAGAAUCAUUUAUCUUGUUGCUUCUAUGAAAAAUAAUGGCGAGGGCCAAUGUGGAUAUUGGGCCAUUGAGCGAAAACUUUAAUGAAACGAGCAAAGAGAGAUUGCUUCCCAAUCAUUCAGAGUAUGGAUUGGAUGCAUCAUUUCACAUUGAACACGAAGGAUGUUGGCGUAGAUUGUGUAAUCGGAUUAAUGCAUUCUUCAGUAAUGUUAAACAAUGUUCGAUCAAGGCUAUUGAUAUGGGUCGUAAGGAUCCACAGAAGGCUAUUUUCGCGGCUAAAAUGGGUUCAGCUCUCUCCCUAGUUUCGGUUAUCAUUUUCUUUAAAGAGCCCUUAUCCUAUGUUGGUUCAUAUUCCAUUUGGGCCAUCCUCACCGUUGUUGUCGUAUUCGAGUACAGCAUAGGUGCAACGCUAAACAAAGGAUUCAACAGGGCUUUGGGGACAUUAUCUGCUGCAGGACUAGCUUUGGGUGUUGCUGAAUUGUCUGUUAUGGCUGGAAAAUGGCAGGAGGUUGUGAUAGUGAUCAGCAUUUUUAUGGCAGGAUCCCUUGCAAGUUAUUUGAAACUGUAUCCUGCAAUGAAGCAAUAUGAAUAUGGAUUUCGGGUGUUCUUGUUGACGUUUUGUAUUGUGCUGGUAUCGGGAACUUCACAUUUUUUUCAGGCAGCUGUUUCGCGUUUGUUGCUAAUUGGGGUUGGUGCUGGUGCCUGUUUGAUUAUAAAUGUCGGCGUAUACCCUAUUUGGGCUGGAGAAGAUUUGCACAAAUUGGUGAUAAAGAAUUUUAAAUGUGUUUCUACUUCUUUGGAAGGUUGUGUCAAUGGCUAUUUGCAAUGUCUUGAAUAUGAUAGGAUACCAUCAAAAAUUCUUCUUUACCAGGCUUCUGAUGACCCUGUGUAUAGCGGAUACAGGGCCGCUAUGGAGUCAACAAGCCAAGAGGAGUCUCUGCUAGCUUUUGCUGAAUGGGAACCCCCUCAUGGCCGUUACAAGAUGUUCAAUUAUCCGUGGGCUGAAUAUGUUAAAGUCAGUGGUGCGUUGAGGCAUUGCACCUUCAUGGUCAUGGCUAUGCAUAGCUGUAUUCUUUCAGAAAUACAGGCAGCAUCAGAGUUGAGGCAGGUCUUUUGCAAGGAGAUCCAGAGAGUUGGGAUCGAAGGAGCUAAAGUUAUACGACAUCUUGGAGACAAAGUCGAAAAAAUGGAGAAACUUAGCCCUAGGGAUCUUCUUGAAGAAGUUCAUGAGGCUGCCGAGGAUCUACAACUGUUGAUUGACCAAAAAUCUUAUCUUUUGGUUCAGGUGAAGAACUGGGAAAGUUCAAAACAACCUGACCAGUUUGAAGAUCACGAACAUCUUCAGGAACUGCAAGACCACGAACCUAAAUACAUGUCGAUAAACUCCCUUAGUGAAGCAACUCUCAAUAUGAGGUCUACUCAUACAUUGAAACACCUGGAUAAUCAUAAUCCAAAUUUAAGUCUGAAUAUAUCUUCUACACACUUGUGUUCCUCUGGAAAUAUGUUCAAUCAGAUGGUGUGGCCUUCACGUCUUUCAAUUCUUGGAGAUGUGAUUAUAAAUGAACGUGAAGUACGUACAUUUGAAAGUGCAUGUCCAUUGUCGUUGGCAACUUUUACUUCCUUGUUAAUUGAGUUUGUCGCGAGACUUCAAAAUCUUGUAAAUGCGUUUCAAGUGCUUAGUGAGAAGGCAAAAUUUAAGGAACCCGCAGAUGCAGCUGGUGCAGAGGAGUCGGCUAAUCUCUAGAAAUUAAGUCGAUCUCUUUCUAUUUGAGCGAAUGCUCAUCAUGAAGAUGCUAUCAGGCAGCAAUUCACUUAGGUAAGUAUAUACUUGGUAUGAAAAUGCUGAAUGUACAUUUUACUUGGGAGAUGAUAACAAGUACUAUAGAAAGAUUUCUAUGAAAUCGAUGUCAAGGAAAUGGAUUUUUUGUUCUGCAGCAAGGCGAGAAAUUCCAGAGCUCGAGAUCACAGAAAACCUAUUUGUUCAGACUAACUAGCGUAUUCACGUAGAUAUGAUUAUAGUAGUAGUGAUGCAGCAUUACAUGAGACCUCUUUUGCAAGAUUGCAGAGGGGAAGAGUUAUUGUUUCAUAAAUAUUUUAUGUCCUGUUGGAACUUUUUUUUUUUUUAAUGUAUAUUAGUAAAGGUGUGAGGCUUUGAUGAAUUUUGGAGAACACGAUCUGUAAAAUGAAGUGUUGUUAUAUAUGAAAUGCAGAUGGGUGUUUGUCUUCUAACAUUUUCCAUUGAGUUGAUUAUUUGUUAUACACA